AUGUCAUCCAAAAGAGCACGAGGAACAUCUGGAAACAAAUUACGAAUGACUCUUGGGCUUCCAGUUGGAGCUAUUAUUAAUUGUGCUGACAAUUCAGGAGCCAAAAAUCUUUAUAUAAUUUCUGUUAAAGGCACAGGUGCUCGUUUAAACCGCCUUCCCGCCUCAAGCAUUGGCGACAUGGUAUUAGCAACGGUUAAAAAAGGAAAACCAGAGUUACGAAAAAAGGCUUUACAGGUUAUUAUUGUUAGACAGAGAAAACCCUGGAGAAGACGUGAUGGCACACAUUUAUAUUUUGAGGAUAAUGCAGGUGUCAUUGUCAAUCCUAAAGGUGAAAUGAAAGGCAGUGCAAUUACAGGACCUGUUGGAAAAGAGUGUGCUGAUCUUUGGCCAAGAAUUGCUAGUAAUAGCGGUAUGGUUAUUUAG